AUGUGUGUCGAUCUAUAUAGAAUGCGCCAAAGGAAUCCUUUACUGUCAUUUGCCUUCCGGUUCUCUUCAGAAGUACCACGAAUGUUCAUCUCAUUUUUAUCGCUUCAAGAUUCCUUCACAAAAUCGGUGCGCGAGAUUUCAAUCUCGUUUUCUGGAAAUUGAGGGAUGUUCCUGCACAGGCCACAAAGCGCGGCGACGAGACACGAGACUGAGCUGAUAAAGAAGGCCCAACGGGCCAUACACACAGUCACGGAUUCUAUAGAGAAACUUCGCCUCCUCUGCCUGGCCAGAGGUGCCAACGGCAUCAUUGGGCUGGGUAGAGCGUUCCGUCGCAUGGACGAGGAUGGUAACAAGAAAUUGAAUUUGGAAGAAUUCAUCCUGGGUAUGCGCGAGACUGGCCUGGAGAUAUCAGAGGAGGAGAUACAGGAGAUAUUCAACAGAUUCGACACGGACAACGACGGAAGCGUCAGCGUCGACGAGUUCAUCGUUGCCAUACGACCUCCCAUGUCUCAAAGCCGUAAGAACGUCGUGGAUCAAGCGUUCAAGAAACUUGACAAGACUGGAGACGGAGUGAUCACGACCGAUGAUCUAAGAGGUGUUUACAAUGUUAAGUCCCAUCCAAGGUACAUGAGCGGGGAGGAGAGCGAGGAGAGCAUUUUGAACAAAUUUCUGGCGAACUUUGAGCAGAACGACACCACAGAUGGCACUGUGACAGAGGAGGAGUUCAUGAAUUAUUACAGUGCAAUCAGCGCCAGCAUCGAUCACGACGCAUAUUUUGACUUGAUGAUGCGAAAUGCGUACAAGCUCUAAACGCAGCGCACGGUUCUAAGAUAAGUUAUCGUUCGGCCAGUUCGUUCCACUGUAUUUCCCAUAUGGCUAUUGCUGUUAAUCUCUGAUCGUGUUUCUGGGACGGAUGCCAAGCUUUCACGGUUAAUGUCAACGUUUAAACAAUUCAUCGUGGUUUCUCGAAGGUCGGUUAUAACGCCAGACAGUUGUCCACGCAGUUACGUAGUACCGCCUGCUGAAAAAUUCAUACUAAAAAUACAUACUACGAUCCAGCAUAAACUUCUUAUUUAACCCUUAACAUACCGAGCCUAUAAAAUAAAAAUAUGAUGUUAAGAAUUAUGUAUAGUGAAUAUUUUUAAUUUUUUAACAAGUUUAACGAGAACCCCAUGGUAUUUUUUAAAUUUCUCAACAUUUUAGUGUGGAAGGUUACUGAAAUUAGGUUCUUUGGAUGUGGAAAAAUAUAUUUAAGUUGAAUAAGCAUUGUUGACCGCGGCGAACGCGAUUUAGGGCUUAAAGACAGCAGCUCCCUUUUAUUUCUAAGUCAAGGGAACCGCCUGGUCAUAAAUGGGCGGGCCCGCGCUCACCACAUUAUCAUGCCAUAAAUGCCAAUGCAUUCAACAAGAAAUAAAUCAAUCCAAAUAUGUAAUCCAGUAUACCAACCGAGCUUCUGCCGGAGCCCCAAGUGUGUUUUUAUUGUUUUUUAUAUUUUUGAGCGAACGUUUUAUAGCACCAAUUAUGUAAUAUUUAUCUUAAACGGAUCUGGGACACAUAUAAAAAUGAAGAAUAAAUUUGUUGAUAUAAUUACGACAGAA